GCAGCCAUGAGGAGCCUCCUGGUUCUCACUUUGGUGGUAGCUACUGCGUAUGGAUGUGGCCUUCCCACUUUCCCCCCUGUGCUGAGCAGGGUGGUGGCAGGAGAUGAUGUCAGGCCUCACAGCUGGCCCUGGCAGAUCUCGCUCCAGUCAGACAGCAGUGGGCGCUACAGGCACGUCUGCGGAGGAACCCUCAUCUCCUCUCUCUGGGUCCUCACUGCCGCCCACUGUAUCAGUGACCGCUACAACUACAGAGUGGAGCUGGGUAAACACAGCCUGCAGGCGAGUGAGGAGGGCUCCAUAGCUCUGAGCGUGGCUGAAAUCAUCACUCAUGAGGACUACAACGUUCUACUCAGCCGUAACGACAUCGCCCUGAUCAAGUUGUCUUCCCCUGUCACCUUCUCUGACACAAUCAUGCCGGCCUGCAUCCCAGACCCGGCUGUCACCCUGCAGCACGGAUCUCGCUGCUACGUCACCGGGUGGGGUCGACUCUUAACCGAAGGUCCUCUGGCAGACAUCCUGCAGCAGGCUCUCCUGCCAGUCGUUGGCCAGGACAUCUGCAGGCAACCCGACUGGUGGAGCGUCCUGGCCACAGACAAGAUGGUCUGUGCUGGCGGAGACGGCAUCACUGCAGGAUGUAACGGAGACUCGGGCGGACCCCUGAAUUGCCAAAACCCUGAUGGCUCCUGGGACGUCCACGGCGUGGUGAGCUUCGGCUCCGGUCUGGGAUGCAAUGUCCUCCAGAAACCUACCGUCUUUACAAAAGUCAACUCCUACAUCAGCUGGAUCAACACGGUUGUGACCAGCUACUGAAGAAACUAUCCACGUGCUUUUUACUGCAAUAAGAACAACAAUCACCAACAAUGUGUUGUCUCAGUUUUACUGUAAAUAAUGGAGAUGCUGUUUAUCAGUCCUGAGAACGCAGUUUAAAGGGAUAGUUCACCCAAAAAUGAAACUUCACUCAUUAUCUACUUAGCACUAUGCCGAUGAAGGGAUGGGUGAAGUGCUUAGUACACAGGAGUCUCAGGGCUAAACAGUGCUGCAGCAAAA